UCUUUUUCACGUCGAUGAAUCUCUACGUGAUGACGUACAACGUUCAAAGAACAAACCGACGCAUGAUCUGAGAGAAAGAGGCGCCGGCGAACAAGAGGACAUGGCUGUUAAUGUAUAUUCCACCUCGGUGACCAGCGACAAUCUAAGUCGCCAUGACAUGCUCGCAUGGAUCAAUGAGUCUCUACAAAUGAACUUUACCAAAAUUGAGCUUUUAUGUUCAGGUGCAGCCUAUUGCCAGUUCAUGGACAUGCUAUUCCCAGGCUGCGUACCACUGAAGAAAGUAAAAUUUGGUGCAAAGUUAGAGCAUGAAUACAUUCACAACUUUAAGAUAUUACAAGCUGCUUUCAAGAAAAUGGGAGUUGACAAAAUUAUUCCAGUUGAUAAACUGGUAAAGGGAAAAUUUCAGGACAACUUUGAAUUCGUUCAGUGGUUUAAGAAGUUCUUUGAUGCCAACUACGAUGGCAAAGAAUAUGACCCGGUGGAGGCACGACAGGGCCAGGACGCCAUGCCUACGCCCAACCCCUCCAUGUCGGCCCUCAGCAAGCCCAAGAAAGUCAUCAAUGCAGCACCACAGAGAGCGGCCGUGGCCAAGGUAACACCCAAGAUGGCGCCUGCCUCUGCACGGAGACCCGGUGCUGGUGGUGAUGAGGAAAGGGCAGAGCUUGUACAAGAGUUAAACAUGUUGAAGUCUACGAUUCAGGAUAUGGAGAAGGAGCGGGACUUUUACUUUGGCAAACUAAGAAACAUUGAGCUGAUCUGUCAGGAGAAGGAGGGUGAGGGAGAUCCCACCCUGCAGAGGAUUGUGGAUAUUUUGUAUGCCACAGAUGAAGGAUUUGUCAUACCAGACGCUGAGUCAGAAGACCAGGAGGAGUUCUAAUACUUGUGACUUGUUGCAGUUUUACCCACCAUACUCCUGCCGUCUCCAAACAGCCCGCUCUCAUCCUAAAAGGCUCCCACAUCAUUAUGAAUUUGGACUUUUAUCUGAAAUCCAUAUUGAAACAUAUUGUUUUGUCUGCUAAAGCAUGAGCUGUUUCAGUUCUCUUAAGAGAUGGCUGCCUCGAUCUCCCCGUUUCGCUACGAGGAGUGUGUAAAAAAAAUACAAUUCUUAAUAUUGCUUUACCUCUUUCAGCAACCUCAGACACCCGCAAGCAUAUUUAUCUUAUUUUAAAUGUCUCGGACACUUCAGUCUGUAGUGGUUUCUCCCCCUCUGUGCUGUGGUACUGAUCUAGUACCUUACACUGACACGAUACAGAGGGACACAAUAGUGUGUUAGAACCGUUCUGCCCAAGCGCCCCUCUCCCUAGUUUCCAUUCAUUUUUGGUGCUUGCUUUAGCAUACGGCAGGUAGCAGUCACCACCGCUCCAGUGUAUCCUUAGUGACUGUGCCUUAUACAGACUGUCUGGAGGGAGUGGACCCAGUCUGAUGUUUGUCUUUUGUUUGUUUUAUGGAUGUAGUGAUGUAUCGUUAUGGUCCAGCAUGAGUCAGGUUUUGCUGUAUUAUGUACUAACACUCAGUUUGUGUCACGUGGACAAGGACGUGCACAAGCAAAAAUCUUAUUAUUUUAUUUUUUAAUUUUUAAAGAAUUAUAUCCAUAUGAACAUAGUUGCCACUACAUUGCUGGACCCGAGGCCAACAUUUUAGUUGACGAGACAAACACUGCCUGUCUCUGCAUGGUCCUUGCAGUUUUCUACCUGUUUUUACUGCCUUAUAUUUAAAGCAUUUUUUCUAUCCUUUCAUUCGCACUGUCUUGGCAAAUAUGUGUUAUUCAAAUUAAAGUUUUAAAGAUUUAAA